GCGGCGCGAUGGCGCGGCGCGGCGCGGCCGUUAUUUAGGGGGCGCCGCGGGGCGCGGGGCGCCGUUAGGCGGCGGCAGGAAUUCUGUGCAGCAUGUUUUCCGGGUGGAACUUGGUGGCCCAUGGCUUAUAUCUGUUCUUGAAUAUUUGUUCUUUUGAAGUUUCAGGUGGACUUGUACAGUCAUGUGGCCACAUCAUCCCAGAAUCUCCAGUGUUGGCUCUUGGUUCCAAUUUCACAGCAUUAUGCAUUCUGAAUGAGAGUUGUCUAGACUUUGGCAAUAUAUAUGCUAAUCAAAUUAUCUGGAAAAUUAAAAAUAGACUGGUACCUAAAGAACAGUACCGUGAAAUAAACAGAACAGUUUCCAGUGUCACGUUUAAUGACACUUCUUUACUUGCUACUCCUCUGACAUGCAACAUUUUAGCAGAUGGACAGAUUGAGCAGAACAUUUAUGGAAUUACAGUUACAUUAGGCUUGCCUCCAGAGAAGCCCAAGAACUUAAGCUGCAUUGUGAUUCAGCUGUCAAAACUUACAUAUCCUAUGACUUGUACCUGGAACCCUGGAAGACAUACUUUCCUGGACACUCAGUUUAGGUUGAAAUACAGAUGGCCACAAGAGGAUUUUCCUGACUGCAUACCAAAAGAUGCAAAUAAUUCUUGUACCAUUACUGAUGUUCAGUUCUUUGUUAACCUGGAAGUCUGGGUAGAAGCUGCAAAUGCCCUUGGCAGGGCUGAAUCUGAUCGUCUUGUUUUUGAUCCUAUUGAGAUAGUGAAACCACUGUCUCCACAUAACUUAUCUGUCAACUCAGGAAUAUUGCCUACUGUUCUGAAACUGUCCUGGGAGAACCGGAUUUCAGCAGCUGUGAUGAAACUGAAAUUCAAUAUUCGCUAUAGGAUCAUCAGUGAAACAAAUUGGAUGCAGGUUCCUCCUGAAGAUACAGCCUCACCAAGAACUUCAUUCAGUGUUCAAGGUCUCAGGCCCUACACAGAAUAUGUCUUUUCAAUUCGUUGUAUGAAGGAAGAUGGAGAGGGCUAUUGGAGUGACUGGAGUGAAGAAAAGAAUGGGGUGACAACUGAAGAUAAACCAUCUAAAGGGCCACCUGUAUGGAGGAUCAUUGAUGCUUCUCACUCACCAGCUUUCUGGACUGUCCAUCUGAUGUGGAAGGCAUUGGAACCGUUUGAAACCAAUGGAAUAAUCUUGCGGUAUGAGGUGAUUGUCAGAGCUAAAUCACCUCUCUCUCGUCCACCAGAGAAAUACAACGUUAAUGCAACCAGCCUUACCUUAAAGCUGCCAAACGGAACUUACGAAGUGACUGUGAUUGCCCAUAACAAAGCUGGCGCAUCCCCUUCAUCAGUUCUACUUAUCCCAGCAAGAAACUCAAAAGCUUCUGUGAAGAAUAUUAGAACACUUCCUAAAGAUGGCAAGUUGUGGGUAAGGUGGACUGCUCCUAACAGUUACGUUCUCAAAUACGUGAUAGAAUGGUGUCUGGUGUCAAACAGCUCAGACUGUGUCAUAGAAUGGCAGAAUGAACCAGGGAAUGUUCAAGGAACAUAUUUAAAAGGUAAUAUAAAGCCAUUCAAGUGUUACUUGAUAACUGUGUACCCUCUAUAUGCUGAUGGUCAGGGAAGUGGACAGUCUGUAAAGGCUUACCUUCAGCAGGAUCGUCCUUCAAAAGGACCAACCGUUCAGACGAAAAAGGUGGGAAAAGCUGAAGCUGUUUUAACAUGGAACCAUCUCACAGUAGAUGAGCAAAAUGGGUUUAUCAGAGGUUACACAAUAUUUUAUAAAACUGUUGAUGGAAAUGAAACAGCUGUAACAGUGGAUCCUUCCAAGACAGAAUACACCCUUUCUUCCUUAGCCAGUGACACAUUGUAUACUGUGCGGAUGAUGGCAUACACAGACAAAGGAGGCAGGAGUGGUCCUGAUUUUACAUUUACUACACAAAAAUUUGGCAAAGGAGAGAUUGAAGCCAUAGUUGUACCUGUGUGCCUAGCAUUCCUGUUGAUUGUACUCCUUGGAGUUUUGUUUUGCUUUAACAAACGUGACUUAAUUAAAAAGCAUAUCUGGCCUAAUGUACCUGAUCCAUCCAAGAGUAAUAUUGCUCAGUGGUCCCCUCAAGUUCCAGCUAAGCAUAACUAUAGUUCCAAAGAUCAGAUGUACCCAGAAGGCAGUUUUACUGAUGUAAGCGUCGUAGAAAUAGAAGCUGAUGAAAAGAAGUCCUUUUCAGAACAAGAUUUAAAACCUUUUGACUUGCUUAAAAAGGAAAAAAGUACUUCAGAAGGGCACAGCAGUGGUAUUGGAGGAUCUUCAUGCAUGUCUUCUCCUAGGCAAAGUGUCUCAGACAGCGACGAAGGUGAAACUACACAAAACACUUCAAGCACUGUGCAGUAUUCUACUGUAGUACUUAAUGGCUACAGAGACCAAACACCUUCUGUACAAGUCUUUUCAAGAUCUGAAUCCACACAGCCACUGCUAGAUUCAGAAGAGAGAUCAGAAGAUCACGCCGGAGGGAAUGACAGUACAACACAGCGGCAUCAGUAUUUCAAACAAAAUUGUGGUCAGGAUGAAACCAACACAGACAGGCCACGCUUUGAAAGAGCAAAGCAGAUUACUCCUGCUAAUGAAGAUCUUGUUGGAUUUGCACAGCUGCAGAUCUUGGGUCAGAAUUCACAGCCUUUUGGCCUUGGGCUGGAAAAAAAUAUUGAGGAAGCUGCUCUGUCAGAUGUUAUACAGACAGGUACUGAGGGACUAACUGUGAGACCUGAAACAGUGGAAGAAAAUCCAACAUCAGCUGAUGAAAUACCAAAAAGUUACCUCCCACAGACUGUGAGACAAGGGGGUUAUAUGCCUCAGUGAGGGAAGAGACUGGCUCUACUAGGCCUUUAUUAGUGCCUGCUCACACUUUUUCUCCUGUGUUUCUGAUAAAUUAAGCUAAAUAUUUUUUAUCUGCAUUCAGAUAAAAAUGUUGACAUUAAGUGAAGAAUAAUUUGACAAAGUAUGUAAGGACUGUGUUUCUGUGGAAAAUUUACAGUCCAGACCUAUUGGAGACUUUAUGCACUACAUAAUCUUAUUUGUCUGAAUAGCUGAACAAGCCUUUUUGCUACCUUGCUUUUUUGUGUCUUGUAUCAGAUUCACACAUGAUUGAAAAUAAGUAAGUUUCAAUCACAUCAGCCAACAGACCUCCUAGAAGAAAUACUUUAAGAUUUGUGACAGUGUAAAAAGCCAGCCUUAUUUGGAGCAUCUUCGUGUAAAAAUAAGACUUGAGGUUUAGUAUUCUAAUGCAGGAAAAAAAUGUACAUUUUUCAGUAGCUUGAUUGACUUUCUGAAUUCUGAUUUGGCUCAGUGUCUUUUCCUGAAUUAUGCAAACUAAGCUUAUCCCCAUUUAAAAACUGAAUAGAAAAAGUGAUGGUGUGCAAACAGGAAAAAAAAACACUCUGAUUGCUUGACUCCGGAUGCUACUGUAGUAAUCAGUAUUCUGCUCACAUAAAGAUAUAUGUGCACAUAAACUGUAACUUAGCUUUAAAAUGUGCCUUGCAACUUGUUGCACAGCAGUUCAGUCUUCAUGUUUGUUUUCAUCUGGAUUUUUAACUUCUAAACUUUUUUUUAAGGAUUUGUACCCAAAUUACUGUCUAAUUAUAACACAUCUCUUUGGCCAUAUAAAUUGCCUUUAUUUAAUAAUUUUACCUUUGCUGUAUACAGCUUGAGGCAAAUAAUGAGCUAUAACUUUUUAAUGUUCUUCUAACAAUGCAUAGGAGAAAGGGAAUGUGAUCUCCUCCUUUCUUGGCUGCAAAGAUUAGUAUGCUCUAACUUCACUGCUGACACCCAAGGACAUUUUUGAAACUGAAAGUAGCAAAGCCAAAGCAUUGAUGACAUUGAUGCUGUGGGGAGGGGUACCCUACACUCUGAACUUCAAAGUUGGUGAGAACUGGCAAUGGGUAUUUCUUGUUGUUUUUUGGUCUCACUUCCCUCGUGUCAUACCAUUUGCAUCUUAUUCAAGAAAAUAUAUUUCUUAAAGAUAGUCUCUACCAGGGUUUGAGGAAACAGCUAGCUCUUUAAGAGGAAAAAAAAAAUUAAUACCUUCCCUGAUGAAGUUUUAUGGUACUCCUGCAGAUUAAGUUAAUUUAGUCUAGUCAGCUUUCUAAUCUGAUAUUGUAAAAUCUUAAUUCAAAACACUAUGUGCUGUGUUGUGAGAAUGCAGCAAGAAUUUUAUUUUUCCUUCAGCUGAAGAUCUAUGUAUUUAAGACUUCUGAAACUUUUUGUGCUGUGAGCUGUGGUGCUGCUAUUCUAAACAUACUUGUUGGAAGGCCCUGGAAAGAUAGGUGUCAGUAUAAUUUUAACUUCCUUUGUUCCUUUUUUUGCCAGCUUGCAGUGAAGGACUGAUGUAAAUAUAAACAUUCGUAUGUUUUCUGCCGUUGUUACAAAGAAGCUAGAUGCUAGAGUAAAUUUAUAGGAUUAUCCCUUGAAGUUGCUGCUAUCCAAAAUACAUACAGAAAGCUAAAGCUGUAAUAAUGUCAUUUCAUUCAGUAUUUUGCAAUUCCUUUCUCCUAACAGCACCUUCAUUAACAGCUUUAAUAUUUUUAGUAUCUGGGCACUUUUUCUUAAACUAAAAUGCUUAAUAUAACUACAUCUUCAGAACAUUCCUUGAGUAUGUUGGUCCCCCUCCUUUUCUCCCCACUCCACCUCAGCACCUUUCAACUGUUCCCCAGAGGGUAAGGACAUAAUAUAAAUGACGCUGUCUGUAGUGCCCUGGAGAAAAGUGCCUUUUGAUUUUUGAUAAGUCCAAGGAGCAUGCUUUUGUCAGAACACAUUUCUCUUGAAAAUAACAGUAGUUUAUUGGGGAAUGAAUGUAUCUUCUCUAUGCAGGCUGCACAAUGACUGUAGCGACCACAAGUAAAACAAAGUCCGAGCUGAGCCGUCUGUGUGCUUAUUGGAACUAUCCAGAAGCCACACGUUGUCUCGUUGACCAGCUGUGAAAAUUUGUGGGUCACAACAGUUUCAGCACAAGUUCUUUUGUUAAACUACUCCUCUGUUAGCCUAUGCUCACUAACUUCUGAGAGAUUUAUAGAAUUAAAUACCUGGCUGCUUAGUCUGACUGUUGCUUCAGAGACCUAGAUGUCUUCACAUGCAGGUUGCGGAUAUUAACUUUUGAUAGCAUUCUUUUUUUCUUUUUGAAGGACUACUUCAGUUAUUCCUAAAGAUGUGUUGUCCUUUCCGUUAAGGAAACGGAAAGUAUUUUGUUCUUAAUUACUGUUAGUCCUGAACUAUUUCCUAAACCAGGCAAUGUGCUAACAGGAGUGGGCACGUCGCUUCUGAAAUCGUACAUUGUUCAUUGUGUGUAAUCAGUAGUAGUAACUGCAGAGGAUUAUACAAGAAUAUAUCCUUGAGAUAAAAUUAUCAUCUGUGUGGUAGAACUAUAUUAUCUAUCUUACUAUCUUGUGCUUUUAUCUAAGGCUGAAAUACUAAAGACUGAGCAGGAACUCACCAAGCUUGUUGGUGAACAGCUUAAAGAAGACACAACAAACAUAAAUAACAGGCCUUUCAGCUUAUUCCUCUGUGCCAAAGGAAAAUUGGAACAUUAACAAGCUGAUUGUAUCAGACACUUGCACAUGGGUUUUAGAGUAUAUAUGAUACAAUGCAUUGUAGCAGUUCCCUGAAAUUGUCUGAACUUGGCCCUCUAACAUUAUAAUUAAAGGGAAAGUUUUCUGUUUUUUUUUUUUUUUUUUUUUUUUUAAUAUAACGACUGUGGUGCACUUUAAAAAAAUAAAGGCAUUAAAAUAAAACCACACUUCAGUAUUGACACUUUCAUGCCCAUCUUGAUUACCUAGACUGGAAUUUUUCAGAUAGAAGUGGGAGAACAGUUGUUAAGACCUUGCUACUUUAGCAGUAGGGAAGGAUGGCGAAUAAGAAUAUUUUUUUUUCUUUGUAUUAGUCUGCUUGGAAUUUCUCAAGUGCAGGCCACCUAGCUCCUUUUCUGUUUGAAAAAAAUAUAUUUAUUUCUACAGUACUGUUGCGAUUGUUCUGUUCAAAGAGGAGUUUGUUUGGGUUGGUUCUGGGGUUGUGGCUUUUUUUUCAGGGCAGUUAGUUGUGGUACAUUCUCUCUCUCGGUAGUUAGAAUCUAGGGAUUGUUUCACAUGCCUCUUGUAGUAAAUUAAACUACGUGCUCAAACUGGCAACACAAUGCACAGUAGAAAAACAAGAUUUUAAUCUUAAUUUUGGGCUGCAUUUAUCCUGUGGGCAAGCAUGCACCUAUCAUCUGUGCUACAGCAGCCUUGCAGAAUACUAUUUAUCAAGACUUGCAAAAAUUUUGGCCCCAUCACUGGGCCCAAGAGCUAGAUGAUCCCUUGGCCUCACUUUUCCUCCUCCUAAGAGGAGGGGAGAGUUUGCAUGGAAGUGUUAUUUCUAGUCUCAGGCCCUGGAAAGGCCCUACUGCCUGGGGUAGGUUUUGCCAUUCUCCAGUGACUGUAAAUCUUGAGCACCACCAGAUGGUUAAAACUGAAUUAGCAUCCCUGAUGUGUGGAAAUCAUCACACUGAUUUGACUUUUCAGUAGUUUAACUUAGUACUAUAGCAACACAGGCUGAUGCAGUGGUUCUGUAGGUAAGAAAGACCUGGCAUUAAUUAAACAGACUUCACAGUAGUAGCUGAAACCCCAGUUCUCAAACUGUUAUAGUCAGUUCUACUAGAGGACGUAAACUUUUUAAAGUCUAAUUUAUCUGGAUUAAAUAGAAGUAUACUAGUUGUUCUUCCACAUGAAACAGCUGUUGUUAACUGUUAUUUGGAUACAUUCCUUUAAAUAUAAACUUUAUAAACUUUAUUAUUCCCCUUUAAGCUGUUGUCUCAUUUGCUAGUAUAGAUAAAUCUAUGCAUUUUAACUUCCAAGGAUUGAGUUUAAUGUUAUUUGGAAGCAGUUUAUAACAAACAGAGGUGUUACUGUUACAAAACAGCAAAUUUUGAAUUACAGGCAACCACAAAAUUUUCUAUUUAGCUGUCAAACCAUAGCGCUGCAGUAUGGUGUAGAUAUUAAAUGCAUAAGCCCAGAGAAGAGAGGCAGAAUUAAACAUCCUACAUUUGAUUCACAAAUUCCCAUUCUCUUCCCUAAAAGGGUUAAAGGAAGAGUGGAAAAAGACAAAGAUAAUGCAUACCUGUGCUUUGUUUCUGUUGUUUUCUCUGCAGUACGAUGCAAGCUGAGCCAUUCCCAAAAAUGAAAGCAGUGCUAACUUAAAUGCAGAAAGAUGUAGUUUAAGGCAACAAGAUUUGAUACAGAUGAAUUUAACAGCUAAGAGCUAAAUCUCCUAGUAGGCAUCAGCUGCCCCUUACGUUUUAGAGCAAGGAGAAGGUAGGCAAUAAAUACCUCACAGAAUGCAGGCCUUUUAGUCACAAAACUAUAGACUCUUUGCAAAGACAACCUUGAAAGUGGCUAUAUGCAAUAGUGUCAUUGACUCCUUGCACAGGCACACUUCUGCAACAAGAGGUGAAGAACAGGUCUAUGGCACAACUGUGAGACUGCUAGAAAGCUUCACGCCCCUCCUGCUUACACUGUAAUGUCUUCCAAACACAGCAGUGCCCAACUUCGCUGGCACUUGCAAACGCAGCAGAUGAGCAUCUCUGCCACUUUUGACACUGAUAACAGCUGUUGCUUUUCCUCAUAUCAAAGCACAUUAAUUGCAGGAUCCAGUCAACUUUUGAUGGUUUUUAGUAUAUCUAACCUCUUCUCCAAGUAAUAUAUAGCUUGACACUUUGAUACAACAACAACUGAUUGCCUAGUAAGCAGGUGCUUACUAGGGAGGCUUAUUUGGGGAGAGGGGCUAAGGCAUUUAUAACCAAGAUUACUGGUCAUCAGAUGUUAGUGAGCUGAUAUAUGGACCUGGGUAAAUGUAAUCAUAGGACACAAGGACUUACUAACAAGGAAAGUGCGUUGAUGCUGGAUUGAAUGGCUAGCAAAUGUAAAUGUCAGAUCCAAUUUUACUCUGUACUUAAGGUAACUGUUUCACUAAGCUAACAGUAACUUGUAUGCCAGCUGUAAAGGGCUUGCAUAGUCCAGAGGUUAAAUUUGUAAACUGCUGCAUAAACUGUUACUAUGUGGAAAAAUGUGUUUUAAUACCAGUACACUAUCUAUCUAUCUUCAUUCUUUUGCAAGCUGCAUGUUUAUUGCCAUGUAAACUCUGCUUUCUACAAUUUACAUUUUAUUGUAAUUUGUGAAUAUCUUCCUCUCUGUUACCCAGCUGAUCCGGGAUGUCCUGCAAGCUGAUCCUUGCAUUUGUCUACUACAUAAUCCACAAAAACAAAACAAAAUUAUGUAUAUACA